AUGGCUUCUUCAUCAACCAGAUUAUCAUUCCUCAUGUUCAUUUCUUGCUCCAUCUUCUUCCAUGGAGUUCUAGGUGAACUCAUUUGCGAGGAAUUACCCGUAAAUGUAUGCGCAUUCGCGGUUUCAUCCUCCGGUAAGAGAUGUUUAUUGGAGAAUUUCGAGACCAAAGACGGGCAACUCGAUUACCAGUGCCGCUCAUCUGCGGUCGUGGUCUCGACUAUGGCCGAGCACAUUGAGACCGAUUCUUGCAUCUCGGCUUGUGGAGUCGAGCGCAAAUACGUUGGGAUCUCGUCUGAUUCCUUGAUGGAAUCCCAGUUCACCGCUAAACUCUGCUCGCCGGAGUGUUACCAGGGCUGCCCCAACAUCGUUGACCUAUUCUUCAACUUGGCCGCCGGUGAAGGUGUGUUCUUGCCUGAGUUGUGCGAGAAACAGAGGACUAACCCUCACAGAGCCAUGCUCGAGCUUCUGAGCUCUAGCGCCGGAGCAAUUGCCGCCGUUGAACACGCCUCCGCCCCGACCAUUGCUCCGUUUCAUUAA